AUGGGUGAUCUCAUCUGGACCCCCCCUGGAAUACGCUGUGCCCCGUGGAUGCCCCGUGGAAUGGGCUUGCGUCAGCAUGGAUGCAUUUCAACUUUUACCUGGAUAGCCGCUGAUGUUCCUGAGGAAGAGGAGAAUGGAACAGAAUGUGGUAUCUACUUAGAUAAAACAGAAUAUUCUUCCCCAAAUAACGCCGUCAUGCCGUCUAUUGAACCCAUCCAGAUACAGCCUUUGCCCAUUUUCAAUGGAAAGGAAAAUGGCCUAUCUUCCUUGAAAAGUCCCACCAAGAAUGGGGAUGUAUUUGUGAAUACAUUUGACAUUCCCCUUCCGCCUCCAGCUAAGAAGCCUUUGGAGAUCUUAGAUAUAGACAAGGAAACUCCAGAUGGACAUGUUCCAAGGGACCCUAUUCAAAUCCGGUUGACUGGUGUUCACCCGCUUAACUCGGAAUCUCCUCUCACUGCCUUGUUUGAUGAAGGUACUAUUCCUCUUUUAUGUGCUGCUGCAGACAAUAUUCAAUUCUAA